AUGAACUAUGGAGGAUCCCUUCCAUACAGCGCCAGAAGAAAUAAGGGCAGACCACCCCAAUACCGGCGAAUCUCGUCGCCACCACCAGAGCGUGAGGACAGAGAGAAAGUUCAAUGCAGAGUAUACCAGAAGUUCUACGCCCACCUAGCCUCCCUCUUCUUCCACUGCAAAAAAUUCCAUUAUAGACAGGGAAUGUCAACAAGAGCGAAUUCCACCAAUGCAAGAUACAAACCAAGGAAAACAAGAGACCUUCCGGCAUUAGUCUGUCCCACGUGCGGUCACCAAUGUAUGGGUAAGCCAGGCCUAACUCUACACCGAAUGUCACGACACGGGUAUCAACCUACUCGCGCACACCAGCCAACGCGACGAAUGCGAAGAAACAGCUCUGCACCUCUUGAGUUGCCCCACUCUUCUUUAACUGCGAGUCCAAUUUGCGAUCGUUGA